GGCCAGGCAGUGUUUAAAAGAAUACAAUUUGUGUGUUUCUAUUUUGGGUGUAAAGCUAGCCAGGCAGGAGCCGGGCGGGAACGUAGCCCACAGCUCCUUCUACACACUCGGGUCCGUGCUUAUGCUUCUGAUGCCAGCACUUUACAGACUAAACCAUCUCUUAGCCCCAAACAUAUUAUUUUAUUGGGUUAUGUUUAACUUUUGGUUAUUAAGAUUCUGUACUGUCAAAUACCUGUAAGGAUGUUCUUUCUAUUGUUCCAUUUCUUCUUCUAAUGGUUCCAAUGCUUGUUUUUCUAGGUUUAAAACUUUCUUUGCAUGUCUGUCUUGUCUUCCUCCCCCAAUAGCAAAGUGUCUUUUCAUCUGUUUGUCAUUAUGGUCAUAUAUGUGUAAUUCUGCUCUAUGUGUACUUCUCAAGCCUGCUGAGGCUAGUGUGAUAUCUGACGGUUGCUAGGCUUGGACUCCUCAGUCUUGCCAGAGGAAGGGAAAGACAAUCAAGUGGACAAGAGCCUUUUUUGUGGAGAUUCUCUGUGGGACCAUGGACAUCGCAGCAUAUUUUGAAAGGAUUGGUUAUAAGAACUCAGCUACUAAACUGGACUUGGACACUCUAACUGAAGUUCUUCAGCACCAGAUGCGAACAGUUCCUUUUGAGAAUCUUAACAUGCAUUGUGGAGAAGCCAUGAAUUUGGACCUAGAGACCACAUUUGACCACAUAGUGAGGAAGAAGCGGGGCGGGUGGUGUCUCCAGGUUAAUCAUCUCCUGUACUGGGCUCUGACUGAAAUGGGCUUUGAAACUACAAUGUUGGGAGGCUACGUUUACAUAGUUCCAGUCAAUAAAUACAGCAGAGAAAUGAUUCACCUCCUAGUCCAGGUGACCAUCAGUGACAGGAACUACAUUGUUGAUGCGGCCUUUGGAGGCUCCUGCCAGAUGUGGGAGCCUCUGGAAUUAGCAUCAGGGAAGGAUCAGCCUCAGGUGCCUGCCAUCUUUCGUUUGACAGAAGAGAAUGGAACCUGGUACAUGGACCAAAUCAGAAGAGAGCAGUGUGUCGCAAACCAAGAAUUUGUUAACUCUGACCUCCUUGAGAAGAGCAAACAUCGGAAAGUCUACUCUUUCACUCUGGAACCACGUACUAUUGAGGACUUUGAACAUGUAAAUACCUACCUCCAGACGUCAUCAACAUCUGUAUUUGUACACACUUCAUUUUGUUGUUUGCAGACCCCAGAAGGUGUUUGUUGUUUAAUAGGCUCUACCUUUGCAAGUAGGAAAUUCAGCUAUAAGGACAAUGUGGAUCUGGUGGAGUUUAAGAAUGUAAAUGAGGAAGAAAUAGAAGGUGUACUCAAAGCUGCCUUUGGUGUUUCUUUGGAGAGAAAGCUUGUACCCAAAAAUGGUGACCUGUCUUUUACUAUUUAGGGUGAGAAGCAAAAUUGGUUUUCAUUACUAUUUCAUGUUCAUCAACAUUUGUAACGUAUGCAGAUGUAUCCAAAACAGUCCUUAUAAGAUCAUCACUGAACUUGAUAUUGACCAACUAAUGAUUUGUGUCUUUUAUUUCCUACAUUUUAUAAAAAGAAAUCCUAGCAGUCCUGUCAUUUUACCAUGAAAAAUAUAAUGUUAUAAUUAAAUAAAAUUUUAAUGAAUAUAAUCACAAUCCUUUUCAAGAUUAAUCGUACAAAAAAUUCUUAAUGAAGAUGUGGUUAUCUUGGGAGCCAUAUUCACUUGCAAGAGAAAACCUUGUUAUUGUUGAACUCACAUAAAACUUGUACUAGUAGUUCAGUAUGAAUAAACUGAACUGAAGCCAUUAAAUUCAGCGAGAAUAAAUCUGAUGACCAAGGUUUACAAGGAGCCACCUUCACAACUUAAGAUCAGAAUAAAGCAAGCAAGAAUGAGUCAUCAGUUCAGUUCCAGGCAACUUCCUAGUCCCACGACAAAACUCAAGCCAAUACGUGGGGCUCUGUGAGUGACUGCCAAGAUAAUGACAUGGCUUGGAAUUUCUCCCAAAGAUAAUUGUGUGGCACAUGUCUGUUUUUAUUUGAUAGUUUUUUUUAAAGCUAUGGGAACACUGAUAUUUGGAAUUAGGUGAUUUAUAAAAUAUAUGUUACUGGAAACAUUGUUUAUGAAGUAUAUUGAUUACUAACUAUAUUAAAGUAGUGUUGGCUAAGAUAA